GUCGAAACGACGGAAAUGCCGUAUUUUCAAUCCCAGUGGAACAACUUGUGGAUUUCCACGAUGUCGGUCAGUCCACAAAUCCGCAAUCGCCAACUGUAUCCCACCUGGAUCGCCACCAACUACUUUUCCAUAUCACAGUGCUCGCAGUUAUACGUGGCGCUCCUCAACAAAUACGCAUGGACGUCGGUAUACAUCGUGAUCGAUACCGCAUCGACGCCGUUCUACUAUACCUUAGCGGCGGCAUUGAUCGGUGAUCUGAAGAAGGAGCGCAGUAUGUCCAUCACGGUGCGCAAUAUCGCCACGACUCCGGGGAUUCCCUAUGGACAAUUUGGGUCCAUUCUGGAAGAAAUACGGCAUGUCAGCCGAGUUGUGUUGUACUUUGGGCAUGCGGCGUUUUUACGCGAGUUUAUGAUCGCUGCGUCUGUCGACAACAUGACUAACGGAGAAUAUGUGUAUGUGGCUGUGGAAGCCAUGAACAACAAAAUGCAAGGACUGCUUCAUUGGCAAUACAAUGAUCGCAGUGACGAGAUCGCCCUGCAAGCCUUCCAGUCGCUGUUGGUUAUUUAUCCACCAAAUAUCUACGACGCACCCGACCCUUCGCUUGGAGGGGAAUUCGUUAAAAGAUCACAGCGAGAUUAUAAUUUUACAUAUGCGCUGAAGGAUCAGAAUUACAAUUCGUUGGUGGAAGCCUACCUUGCCAUCACCAGCCUUUCGCAGGCGCUAAAUAAUUCUUUAUCGGCUGGAGAAAAUCCAGCUAAUUUAACCGGAUCAACGCUAGUAAAAUAUAUGCUGGACCGCACGUUCACGGAUGACAACGGAGGCGGCACCAUCUACAUCGACAGCAACGGACUGCGACGAAGUGAUUUUGUCAUAGCGUAUUUCACGCCAUCUGGAAACCGUAGAGCGUUACUGCAAAAGCAAGGCAAGGAGGACGGGCUGCGAGAGGUCACGCCAACGCGGUUAACAGUCUGGGCCAACGCAUCUUUUCCGCCACCAAACGAACCCUUUUGUGGUUACACGAAUCAGAAGGAAGUCUGUCAGCCACAGCGUGAUAAUCAGUGGAUACAGAAUACCAUUAUAAGCCUCGCAGGAGCCUUGGUGAUCGUCAGCGCUGCGUUGAUCGUUUACUUAAGAAGAGAAAAGAGGAGAGCGGUGGAGCGCAUACUGUACGAUCCCUGGUGGCACGUGGUCAUUACCAUCAUUCCUGGUGCGCAACGCCGCCAAUCUUCCAUCUCCAUGUAUUUCGCCCCGGGUAAAUCGAAAACCGUUCAGGACGACUCGCUGACACCAACUAGAGAAGCGAUGAAAAGCGCUUCACCUUCGAUUGCGGGUCUCCACCAAACUUACGCCAUCUAUCGGGGACAAUCCGUUAGAUCGGUGAAGAUGUGCCGGCGCGAAUGCGCCAUAACAUUCCAGGAAAUGUCAGCGCAUCAAAGUCUACUAAUUCUUCUACGAAAGUUCUACCGAUUAGAGCAUCAAAAUCUUUGUCGGUUCCUGGGAUUAUCCAUAACCAAAAACAAGUUCGACGUCUACACGAUUAGCGCGGUAACGGAAUGUCCACCGCGCGGGACCCUGCGUGACAUACACAGCAGUCUGGUCACCCGAGAUUUUGCCUUUAUAAGCUCCCUUAUUGUCGACUAUCUCGAGGCACUGUGCUUCCUUCACCUUUCUCCGCUGCGCUAUCACGGUCGCCUCACACCGUUAACGUGCUGGAUUGACAAGCACUUUACACUGAAAGUGACCAAUUAUGGAUUCGACCGAUUAGACGUCGAGCUGUGCACCAAGUGCGAGAACAUGGAGCCAAUCAGUCAAAGCGAGCUAACCGAGCCGCUGUAUUGGUGGACCCCGGAGAAACCGAACCUCAAUGAUUCCAAAGCCAUGCAGGCACUGGAUGUGUUUUCUUCCGGGUUUAUCAUCUACGAGAUGCUUAGCAACGGAGCGUUAUUUCACAAAUUUAGCGUAUUAACUAAAGAUGAUUUGUACGCGUUGAUCUCUCGUAAAGGAAAUGUUUUCCAUGGCGCUGUUCAGUUCAAGGAUUUUGCGGCUUUCGAAAGUGUGCUGCGGUCGUGCUGGACUGCCGAUCCGCAUCAGCGACCCAGCAUGCAACGUCUCCGGUCGCGUAUUGCCGAUAUCUCGCCACUGUUGACCUCGGGGCUCGGUCAAAAUAAAUUAAUCGAUAGGAUGUACAAGCGCCUCUCGGAUUAUUCUGAAGAUUUGGAAAAUUUGGUAGCAGUGCGGACGAAUAAUUUGCAGGAAGAGAUGGGCAAAUGUGAUGCUAUCAUCGGGCAGUUUUUACCACGGUCUAUCGUAAAGCAGUUACGUGUGGGUUCCGACGUGAUGCCGGAGCUGUUCGAGUCGGUGACGGUGAUGUUCACGGACUUGUCGGGUUUUGUGGAUUUUGUCGAGACGAACAGUCCGGAGAGUACGAUCAGUCUGAUCGGUCAAACUGAAUCAUGCUUCGACCGUUUAUCUACGCGAUACGAUGUGUAUAAAGUGGAAGCUGUGGGAGACUCAUAUUUGGUUGCCAGCGGUUUGCCAGAAAGAAUUGGCAACAGUCAUGUUCAGCGCAUAGCCUUUUUCGCUACGAAGCUGAUGGAGGCCGAGUCGGAGAUGACCUUUCUUAGAACACUGCGAUUUAAGAUUGGAUUGCAUUCUGGUCCCUGUGCGGCGGGCGUUUUGGGCUUGCGAAGACUGCGCUACUGCUUAUUUGGUGACACGGUGAAUUUAGCCUCCCGGAUGUGCAGUCACGGCCUGCCGGGUCGCAUACACAUUAGCUAUGAAUCGAAAAUAUUACUGGAAGGAUUUCCGGAAUACAGGGUGGACUGUCGGGGAACACAGGCCAUUAAGGGGGCAUUCGAGAUGAUAACGUACUGGUUAACCGGAUACUCUGGGCCGCUGUGAUUGUACUGUAACCCAUUGAAUUUCCCACUGAUGAAAUUCCAGAAACUGGAAAAGAAGAAAACUGGGCGCGCCUCGCAUUCAAGGUGAACCUACUUUCGGCAGUAUUGGCCAAUCUCAAGAAAUGGUAGCACCACGCUCAUGCUUGCGAGGUGUUUAUCGAAACCAGCAAUGCCUGUAAUGCGAGGCGCAUCCUUCAUGUGGUGUUGUUUUCAAAGAAGGAUGUGGUUUGCCGCCACAUGAAG